CGGCGUCCCCAGCGGGCAUACUAUAAUGCAAAGUGCCAUGUUCCUGGCUGUCCAGCACGACUGCGGAUCCAUGGAUAAGAGCUCAGGCAACGGCCCCAAAAGCGAGGAGAAGCGGGAGAAAAUGAAGCGGACCCUAUUAAAAGAUUGGAAGACCCGUUUGAGCUACUUCUUGCAAAAUUCCUCCUCUCCUGGGAAACCCAAAACCAACAAGAAAAGCAAGCAGCAAACCUUCAUCAAGCCUUCUCCUGAGGAAGCACAGCUGUGGUCAGAAGCCUUCGAUGAGCUGCUUGCCAGUAAAUAUGGUCUUGCUGCAUUCAGGGCUUUUUUAAAAUCUGAAUUCUGUGAAGAAAAUAUUGAAUUCUGGCUGGCCUGUGAAGACUUCAAAAAAACCAAGUCACCACAAAAGCUGUCCUCAAAAGCAAGGAAAAUAUAUACUGACUUCAUAGAGAAAGAAGCUCCAAAAGAGAUAAACAUAGACUUUCAAACCAAAACCCUGAUUGCGCAGAAUAUCCAAGAGGCUACCAGUGGCUGCUUUACCACAGCCCAGAAGAGGGUGUACAGCCUAAUGGAGAACAACUCUUACCCCCGCUUCUUGGAGUCGGAAUUCUACCAGGACUUGUGUAAAAAGCCUCAGAUCAGCACAGAGCCCCAUGCUACAUGAGGUGAAAGGGAGUGCCUCACGGAUGACAUUUCUUGUUUUUCCUAAGGGAGGAAGCCGUGACCCGCCAAAAAGACUGACCUUGAAUUCAGCCUGGGUGUUCAGGAAGCAUCACUCAGAACUAUUGAUUCAAACCUGGGUAGUGAAUGACAGGAAGCUGCUCGCCGCCUGGGAGAGGCGUGUGUGGAGACAGCCUCCAUCGCCGUGCAGGGCACAGGGAGAGAGUGGGCUCUGUGUGACUCUCACACUAGACAAGCUGGAACAUGAGACUGAAAGAUGCCAUGUGAUACUGUUGGUCCAAAAGCAUUUAAAAUCAAUAGAUCUGGGAUUAUGUGGCCUUAGCUAGCUGGCUGUCCAUUCUCCCUCUGUCAGUCCGUGCUACCAACAUAGUGGUUUUAGUUUUAGUUUUGUAGUACUGAGUAACAUGAAAAUGUUUGCUAUGUGUAAGAGUAUCGAGGUCCUUAGGACUACAUAUCAGCAGUACUGUUGUGUCCUGUAACACUAAAACUGCAAUGGUCUGUGUUUGAAUUGUUCAAUGGUGUGUGCUGUUAUAUAGGAAAGUCCGCUGUCCAUGAGGAGUGCCAAAGUGUCUUGAAGGCAGCUAAACUUUGAAGUGGUCUUUGAAUACUUUUAAUAAAUUUAUUUUGAU